AUGAUUACAACCGAAGAUGUCAACAAACUAUUUAAUGAAGUUCUCUUGGAGAUCUCUCAAAAUAUCCGUUCAAUGAUGGAGGAGCUCUGGUUAAACUGGUCACACCUUGGUGUGGAUGACACCACUAAAGUGAACAACAUCACUAAACUGGUGCAGAUUGAGAAGGAACUCCAUCGGGAUGUCAUCUCUGAGACCAGACAGAAGCUGAAGACAAUGCAGGGACAAGUUGACAAAUUAAAGGAGGAAACUGAAGAAUUAAGCAGAUGUUUGUCUGUUGACAUCACAAUUCUGGACUUAAAGAAGGAAAUGAUGUUAGCUGAGUACAAGAGAGAAUUGGAAGAGCAGAUUGCGGGAUAUAGGGAGCAGGUGGAACAGCGUAGAAUGAAGAUGGAGAGGUUGCUGGAAUGGCAACGUGAUCUAGCUGAUAAGCUCGGUGUCACCAUCCAGGAGUUGCAGGAAGUACCACUUCCAUCUGAAGAAGACCUGGACAGGCUUAAGGCACACCUAGAAAUGCUCCAGGCUGAAAGGGAUAAGCGGGCUGAGAUUUUCUUGAAUAUUCAGGUUGAAAUCAAGGAUAUUAUGGAUAAGUUAAGAAUCAAGCCACAGAACAAGUUUGAACACAUUGUGACCUCAUCACUGUCUGUGGACUUCAAGGUUACAGAUCUCAAUAUGGACCGGCUUUCUAAACUUCAACAAGAUCUUCAAGAGAAAUAUGAUCAAACUAAUAACAGAGUAUUGGAACUUCGUGAACGCCUCGCCAAACUGUGGGACUGCUUAGAUGAAGACCAAAUCUAUCGCGAGAACUUCUUACAUGCACAUCCUGGUUGUCAUCCACAGACUGAAGCUGCCAUCAAGGAGGAGAUUAAGCGCUGUGAUUUAAUUAAGAGGCAGAAGAUUCAGGUGUUCGUGGCCAACGUUCGUACUAAAAUAAAACUAAUGUGGGACAGUGUGAUGUAUUCGACACGUGAGCGUGAAGAGUUCGUGCAUUAUUAUCAGGAUAUAUUUACUGAAGAUACUUUAACACUACAUGAGUUGUAUCUUGAGAAGAUCACUAAGUUCUACAAUGAAAAUAAACACAUUUUUGAGUUGGUGGUGACACGCAAGAACCUCUGGCUGAAGAUGACUGAGCUGGAAGCGCGCGCCACAGAACCGGGCCGGUACCACAACCGCGGGGGACAACUCUUGCGUGAGGAGAGAGAGAGGAAAGCUAUUGCCAGUAAUCUACCCAAAAUCGAAGCACAAAUUCGUGAGUUGGUGACCGAGUACGAAACUAAGACCGGAAACACCUUCACCGUCGACGGCAAGCCUCUACUUCAGCUCAUGGAAGACGAAUGGGAAAAUCGAAAAACUGAGCGGCACCAGAAGCUGUCGGCGCGCAAGCAGGCGCACACGCCCACGACGCCGCUGUUCCGCUCGCUCGCCACGUCGCCGCUCGGCAAGCGCAACCGCACGGCCGCCGGCUUCACCGCCACCGCCGAAAAGAACAGGCCGCCGUCGAAGCGCCAACUUAUAACGGGCAGCGCCAAUAAAGCUGUGACUACAAUCACGAAUAACUUGUCGGCAUUAAAGCGGUCUGCUAUGUCGACUGUUAAAAGGCGUAUAAGCGGGCGACUGGCGGCAAGGGUAGUCGCAGAGGGGAGACUUGGUCCUGAAGCUAAGAGGAAACUUGACUAUGGAGGUGACCCAAAGAAGACUCCGAAGACGGUUAAUGGCAGUAUUCUAAAACAUAAGCGAACGUCCCAUGGGAAGCGUCGCAGCACAGGGCGUCCUUCGAUAAACACCACUCGCUCCACAACGUCGCAAGAAGAAUCACGCACCACGAAGCCGAAUCCUUUGAUGGAGACUACACUUCUUACCACUUAUACCGAUUUCAAGGAUGGAAUCAAUGAGAAACAGAUAAGCCGCAGCUCGAUGGCUAACCCGAAGCAACACGAAACCGUCCUCCCAAACAUCGUGUACCAUCACAUCGAUGAGAAUACCACCCCAAAAAAAACUCCGAGGGUUAAAACACCAUUGACGCCUAAAGUCGGGAAAGAAAAUAUACAACAAGUUAAUAUGCAUAUGACACCUAAAAGCAAUCUCAUGUAUACACCCACGAGACUUACUCGGUCCGCACUCAAGCUAAAUAACGACGGCUUCGCUACACCUCGAGCUCCCCUUAGCGCAAACAAAGUCAACCUUCAAAGACAAAACACAGUCUCUAGUUUAACUGUUAAAACUACCCCCAAUAAUAAUGUUAGCAGGUCUAAGUCUCACUCGCAUUUAGUGCGAGCUAAAAACUUUCCGCCUUUAAUUUAA